AUGGCUGCUACACAGGCGACGAACGACGCGUACAAGCCCUGCGAGCAUUGCUUCGCGGGCUACAAGCUCGACGGCGAGCCGAAGGGUACGAUGGGCGAACUCGGCGGCUUGAGCUACUACCUGGCGGCCGGUAAAGCGGACGAGAAAGACCGUGCGAUCGUCCUCGGCACGGACAUCUUCGGCCUCGGCUUGGUCAACUGCAAGAUCCUCGCCGACUGGUUCGCCGACAAGACUGGAUUUCCCGUCUUUGUUCCCGACUACUUCGAAGGCGCGCGCCGCGACUACAUCGACACCUCGUCAAUCAAGCCACAACUCGCCGCUCUCGAAGAGCCAAUGAAGACCAAAUCCUUCUUCCAGCGCACCUGGACUAUGUUCUCGCUCGUCUCGGCCAUGCUUGUCAAGGUCGGACCGCGGUACCUGUACCGCCACAGGAUGAGUCGUUGCAUGCCUUUGGCAGAGAAGUUCUGCCGCGACUUGAGAGAACAGAAAGGCUUCAAGCGCCUAGGUUGGAUCGGCUACUGCUGGGGAGGCGCACUUGCUGUCCUCCUCGCAGGCGAAACCUCGCCUCUCGACACGGCCAUCUGCUUCCACCCCGGGACUUUGACGGUCAAGAACAUCGAGGACAUCCGCAGGCCCUUCAUGCUCGUCUGCUCAGAAGAAGACAUGUCCUUCGAUUCUAUCAAACCCGCCGCCCUCACCGCCCUCGCUUCCCUCUCCUCCACGCACAACAUCGCGACGAAAGUCUACGACGACAAUCCCGGUACCGUACACGGAUUCGGGUGCAGGCCGAGGUUGAGCGAUCCACGCACGAGGGAGGCGUUCGAGAGGGGGUUGGAGAGGUCGAGGGAGUGGUUUAAGGAGUAUCUGUGA